AAAUAUAGUGUGACCAAACCGAAAGUAUGCCCUAACAUAUAUAAAUAAAUAGUUUCGACAUCCCUAGAACAAAUGGCUUCAACUUCGAGAUUGGACAAUAACAAGGUGUGCUGUUAUGCACACCCAGAGUCUCCCCUGAUUGAAGACUACAGGGCUGGCGACAUGAUUUGCUCCGAGUGUGGUCUGGUUGUGGGCGACCGCGUAAUUGACGUUGGUUCGGAGUGGCGUACAUUCAGUAAUGAGAAGAGUGGAGUUGACCCAAGCCGUGUCGGUGGCCCAGAGAAUCCACUGCUCAGCGGUGGUGAUUUGUCCACCAUUAUUGGUCCAGGCACAGGGUCUGCCUCCUUUGACGCCUUUGGGGCUCCCAAAUACCAAAACAGACGUACUAUGAGCAGCUCGGACCGCUCGCUGAUAUCUGCAUUUAAGGAAAUUUCCUCGAUGGCUGAUCGCAUUAAUCUGCCUAAAACAAUCGUUGAUCGCGCCAAUAACUUGUUCAAACAGGUUCAUGACGGCAAGAACCUUAAGGGUCGUUCAAAUGAUGCUAAGGCUUCGGCUUGUUUGUACAUCGCUUGUCGUCAAGAGGGUGUGCCUCGUACUUUCAAGGAAAUAUGCGCCGUUAGCAAGAUCAGCAAAAAAGAGAUUGGAAGAUGCUUCAAGUUAACACUAAAGGCCUUGGAAACAAGCGUAGACUUAAUUACCACGGCUGACUUUAUGUGCCGAUUUUGCGCAAAUCUGGACCUGCCCAAUAUGGUACAACGUGCUGCCACACACAUUGCCAAGAAAGCCGUCGAAAUGGACAUUGUUCCUGGACGUUCCCCAAUAUCCGUGGCAGCAGCUGCCAUUUAUAUGGCAUCCCAGGCUUCUGAGCAUAAGAGAAGUCAGAAGGAAAUCGGAGACAUCGCUGGAGUCGCUGAUGUCACUAUUAGACAGUCCUACAAACUAAUGUAUCCCCACGCAGCUAAGCUCUUCCCAGAAGACUUUAAGUUUACCACUCCCAUUGAUCAGUUACCCCAAAUGUGAAUCUUUCUGUACAUUCGAUGCUCAAUACUAACGCUAACAUUAAGGGAAGAUAAAUUCUUAAUUUAAUCACAAAAUUUACGAUUUUAUUAAAUAAAGUUAGCAUAAAUAAUAUUCAAAACUAA